UUUUUUAUUGCGACUAUAUCCCCCUGUAUAAAUACGACCUUUGCGGAGAACGACGGCAUAGCCAGGAGCGCGGUUGGCGCUCGAAACCCUCCUCCUUUCCAUUCUCCACAUCUCCUCACUGUUUUUGGUACAAUAUAAUCGUAAUUUUUCGUCAUGUCUAUCUGGGAUACUCUCUCAGGACGCAAGACCUCAACCCCCUCUAGUCCCCCCAGUCCCCCUGCUUCUACUUUCGAUCCUACCUCCGCCCAAGAUGCUUCCUCAUUCCUCUCUGGCACCGCAAUGCCAGACCCCUCAUUAUUACAUCCUCUUGCCGGACUGAACAAAGACACGUUAGAUUACCUUUCGCUCGAAGAUUCCGCCCUCGAUGACCUACCCGGCUCUCGCUCCGCACUCCCUUCAAGGGGUUGGUCAGACGAUCUCAGUUAUGGAGCGGGAAUUACAUAUCUAACGGCAUUGUCUAUUGGGGGUACAUGGGGUCUGAUUGAAGGACUCCGGAAAACGCCUGUUACUGCGCCUCCAAAGCUUCGACUGAACGGCGUCCUCAACUCGAUUACCCGACGGGGCCCGUUCCUGGGUAACUCUGCGGGUGUGAUUGCGGUGGUAUAUAAUGGCAUUAAUUCGACUAUGGGGCAUAUUAGAGGGAAGCAUGAUGCGGCAAAUAGUAUAUUGGCGGGCGCUUUGAGUGGCAUGUUGUUCAAGAGUACAAGAGGCCUGCGUCCGAUGAUGAUAUCUGGUGGGAUUGUCGCUAGUGUGGCUGGUGCUUGGGCCGUUACGAGACGGGCGUUCUUCUCAUAAUGUCGGUGUGAUUCUCGAUUUGGGUUCAAGAAAAUCAUAUUCAGUUUGAGGUCGGCGUUUUACCCUGUCAUUCAGCAACGUCAUUUGAGAUUUCCCAAAUGAGAAAAGAAAUGUCGCUCGUAUCUUUCAAGCUUUUUGCUUCUAUCUUUCUAUAGCGAUGUAUUAAAUACCUAAGCAACUUUUCUGACUCUCUCUCUCUUUCCACUCUGGCGUGCAUGUGGAGCAUCUUCUUUGCUAUUUUCUCCUUCAUCAGAGAAUUGCACGAUACGGGUUUUCUUCUGUUGUACAUAUAGAGGACUUUAUUUCGAUUGUCUUUUCUUUCUGUUUUCAUUAUUUUGUCAUUUAUCUCCAGUGAUGCCACGUAAUUUUCUCUUGAUUGAUCCCUUAAUUUUAUUAUUCUUCUAUUUCGUGGAAACUAAAUACUUGUGGGACCUAUAUACUUGUGGAACAUUCUUCCCGUUGAGUCCCUAUCGCUGAGUUUCCAUGUACAUGUAAAUCUCCUAUGUGUCAUUGCAAUCAUUCACAAAAAUGAAAAACGAAAGCGAAAAGGAAAAAUGAGG